AUGUGUUGGAAGCAGGAGGCUCUCGGGGUCAUCAGAUCUGGACUGCAGCGGUAUGGGAAUACGGAGGUCCUGAGACCAGCCGUGAUGCUGGCGGUAAAGCUAUGCGACCACCCAGCGGCGGACGUCCGUAACGCCGCCGGGGACGUGGCCAAAAAGGCUUUUGAGAAACUGUGCGAGGAUCACGAACAGUCUGCCCCCAAACGUCAGAGAAGUUCCCUCACGCCCGUCCUCAGGGUUGCGCAGGGAGCAGACGGGUACACCGGGAGUCUGCUGCGGGGGCUGGGGCAAGGCCUGACCGGGGAUAUCCAAGGACUGUCCACAACAAGCUUUCAUGCGAGAUUCACCGAGUGCUUCUAUCUCGCGAUAUGUCUGCCGAUACUGCACAGCAAGACGCCGCCCGACGUGACCAGCGCCGUGUGGAACAUGACGAGGAUGCUGUUCGCCGCGGCCAAGGGUCAAGACGGGCUGGCGAGGUCGAGGCUGCGGGACGAACCCUUGGACCUCGGGUGA